CGACACACUUCCACAUUCAUGAUUCCACAAAUUCUAAUGGAUUUGAACAAAUAUGGGACCAAUUUUUAUUUGUUUCAACUCCUAAAUGUGGGACCAAUUAACAAGGUUGAUGUAUUCUUCUUGUUCUUCCUCGUUCAUUAAUAGUUUGAUUGAGCAUGCACGCUUCUCUCAACCCACCAGUCCAAGUCAAACCUCCUCAAGCCAUCCCCUAAUCCUAUAUAUCAGUUUCUUCUCGCAAACCACCUCACAAUCUAUCAACAGUUUUAAAAAAAGACAUAACUCAACCAAUCUCACUUUGAAAAAGACAUGAACAAAACCCGCCUUCGUGCUCUCUCCCCACCUUCCGGUAACUAUUUUCUCUUUAAACAGUAUUAAUCAUGUGUUUUGCUAUUCACAUCACCAAAUUAUUCAUAGUUUAAAGAGGUCGAUGUAGAAUUCAUAGAUAUACAUGUGUACAUACGUGACUUUGUGACGAUAUAUCGUUUUAAUUUGUUAAAUUUUGAUCCCUUCUCUUAGGUAUGCAACACCGUAAGAGAUGUCGAUUGAGAGGUCGAAACUACGUAAGGCCAGAAGUUAAACAACGCAACUUCUCAAAAGAUGAAGACGAUCUCAUCCUCAAGCUUCAUGCACUUCUUGGCAAUAGAUGGUCAUUGAUAGCGGGAAGAUUGCCAGGACGAACCGACAACGAAGUUAGGAUCCAUUGGGAAACUUACCUAAAAAGGAAGCUCGUAAAAAUGGGAAUCGACCCAACCAAUCAUCGUCUCCACCAUCACACCAACUACAUUUCUAGACGUCACCUCCAUUCUUCACAUAAGGAACAUGAAACCAAGAUUAUUAGUGAUCAAUCUUCUUCGGUAUCCGAAUCAUGUGGUGUAACAAUUUUGCCCAUUCCAAGUACCAAUUGCUCGGAGGAUAGUACUAGUACCGGACGAAGUCAUUUGCCUGACCUAAACAUUGGUCUCAUCCCGGCCGUGACUUCUUUGCCAGCUCUUUGCCUUCAGGACUCUAGCGAAUCCUCUACCAAUGGUUCAACAGGUCAAGAAACGCUUCUUCUAUUCCGAUGAGAAAUGGUGUAUUUGUUUGUACACAUUUGUUAUAUUACAAAUGCACAUAUUAUAAUAUUCACUAGAGAGAUGGUAUAACGAUGUUUGAAAUAUGUUAAUCCUGAAUUGGACCGGCUGGUCAUUGAACAACUAUUCUCUUAAAUGUCCGGUUCUGUUUUCAGUGAUUAGUAUUAUAGUAGAUCGUUAAUAACUAACCGACGAUAACCGCUGCUUAUUUGAUCAAUCAAGCUGUAAGAAAUUAUAGCUAAUACAGCAAUGUUAAC